AUGAAUGAUGGGAUCGAGUGCACACUUGACACCAAAUUGGGUGAAGCUGCAGCCUCUCUGGAUGUCAAGACCAGGAUUCAGAAUGACCUGGAUAAACUGGAGAAAUGGUUGAAAAUCAAUCAGAUCAAAUUAAACAGGGACAAGUGCCAAGUCCGGCAUUUGGAGUCACUUUGUGUAAGAAAUGGUUCCAGGUGCCUGUCAAACUCUUGCCAAAAGAACUCUACAUGUGAUGCUGCUGCUAAGGGUGAUAGUUGCCGUUGUUCAGACAUCUCAGUUGACAUUUUGGGGGAAAACUGCAAUAAAACCUAUGAUCCUUGCUUCUCAAGCCCUUGUCUUCAAAAUGCUACCUGUUUAAGCACUUCAGGAAACCUCAGCUUUACUUGUGAAUGCCCUGCUGGCUACAGUGGAGCUACCUGUGAAAUGGCCAUCAGUAUGUGUGACACAAACUUUUGUCAACAUGGAGGCACUUGCCAGAAUGGGAUGGAUGGUCUUACCUGUCUUUGCAGUGCAGGGUACACAGGUACAUUCUGUGAAACUGAUUUUGAUGAGUGCAUUUCGGAUCCUUGUCACAAUGGAGCAGUGUGCAGGGAUGGAAUCAAUGGAUACUCCUGCUACUGUGUCCCAGGCUACCAAGGCAAGCAUUGUGACCUAGAAGUGAAUGAAUGUGCUUCAGAUCCUUGCCUGAAUGGAGCUACAUGCCUGAACCAGAUAGGCACGUAUGACUGCAUCUGCACACCUGAGUACAUGGGAAUAAACUGUGAGCUGGAAAUUGAUGAGUGUUUGUCACAGCCUUGUUCAAAUGGUGCAACCUGUCAUGAUUCUUUGGGUAACUAUUUCUGUUCCUGUGCACUCGGAUUCGUAGGUGAUCUCUGUGAAAUCAACAUUGAUGAAUGUGCCAGCCAGCCAUGCCUCAAUGGAGGGCAGUGUAUAGAUGAUGUCAAUAGGUACAGCUGUAAUUGUACCAGUACAGGAUUCAUGGGCCUACACUGUGAGACCUUAAUUCCAUUAUGCUGGUCACAACCAUGCCAUAACAAUGCCACCUGUGAAGAUGACACUGACAAUUACACAUGCCACUGUUGGCCAGGAUAUACCGGUUCCCACUGUGAAAAUGAUAUAAAUGAAUGCAGCAGUAAUCCUUGCCUCUAUGAAAGUGAAUGUGUGGAGCGGUCCUGGGUAAGCUGGUAUGGAGCUAUUCCAGAGCUGCCACCUGAGUUCAGCUACCACAGAGCAUCAGGCUACGUGUGCAACUGUAAAGCAGGUUUUACAGGCAUUCACUGUGAAGAAGACAUCAAUGAGUGUUACAUGAACCCUUGCCAAAAUGGUGGAACCUGUGAGAAUUUUCCUGGAAAUUAUACUUGCCAUUGCCCCCCUGGAGAUAAGGAGGGGAUGUUUUAUGGUGGCUGGAACUGUAGUGAGGUUCUUCAGGGCUGCACUGAUCACCAAUGCCAAAAUAAUGGAAUAUGUAUUCCCCAUUUAAAAAAUGGCCAGCAUGGAUCCAGCUGCAUGUGCCCACCUGGGUAUACUGGAAUACACUGUGAAAAAUUAACUACAUUUUCUUUUGAGGGAAAUGGUUUCCUUUGGGUGAGGAGCAUCAAGAGCCCUGCAAAAGACUCCUUCUACAACAUAAACCUGAGAUUUCACACUGUGCAACCUACAGCCUUUAUAUUUUACCGAGGGGGAAAAGAUACAUUUGUGAAGUUGGAGUUACUAAAUGGCCACUUACACUUAGCCAUGCAAGUCAAUAGUCAGCCACAGGAUCUUUUCCUUAUUUCACAUAAUGUCAGUGAUGGGAAAUGGCAUUCAGUAGAGGUAACCUUCACAAGAGCUGUUACUCUUAAUUUACUCGACAGCUCAUGUAUAGAAUCAUGUGUCAAUAAAACUGCUGCUACAAUAAAUAGUGACCAACUGAUGCCUGCAUUUCAGAGCACAUUUUUGGGUGGUUUGCCAGUGGGAAUCACGAGUGGUGACUCUCUAUUAAACACCUAUAAUAUGCAUUCUGCACCUUCAUUUAUAGGCUGUCUUCAGGACAUUGAAAUAGACUUGAACAUUAUUACACCAGACAACGUGUCAUCUGAAUCAACUUUAAAUGUCAAGGCAGGCUGUGCUAAAAAGGAUUGGUGUGAAAACAACCCUUGUCAAAAUAGGGGGCGCUGCAUCAAUUUGUGGCUGAGUUAUCAGUGUGACUGCUACAGGCCUUACACCGGGCCAAACUGUUCAACAGAGUAUAUGCCAGGCCGAUUUGGACAUGAGGAUUCCUCAGGGUAUGCUAUGUUUUCUGUUGCUGGUAUUCAGAAUAAAAACAUGAUUAUAUCAAUGUUUGUCCGAACACGCAAGUCUUCUGGUUUGUUGCUGGCUUUGAGGAAUAGUACAUCUCUGUAUAUAAGAAUCUAUUUGGAGGAUGGGAAGGUAGUAAUACGAGUUCCAAAUUCCAUCCAAUUAUUAGGACCAAACAAGAUGAACGAUGGAACUUUUUACUUAUUAUCACUAAAAAUAGAGCCAAAUAAGAUUGAGUUGUUUCAGUCAUCUCAGUACCUAGGCUCUAUAUCUACUCCAAGACUAACAGUCCAAGGUAGGGAUAUCCUUUAUAUUGGAGGACUACCAGAUAAACAAGAAACCAACAUGAAUGGUGGAUAUUUCAAAGGUUGCAUCCAAGAUUUAAGACUGAAUAAUCAGCAACUGGAAUUCUUCCCCAUCACCGCUUCUCUGAAUUCUAUUAUCAACCAAACACUGAUCAAUGUGACCCAGGGCUGUGCCAGUGACAACACUUGCAAGUCCAACCCUUGCCACAAUGGUGGCAUUUGCUAUUCUCUCUGGGAUGACUUCACUUGCACAUGUCCCCCAAACACAGCAGGGAAAUCAUGUGAACAAGUAAAGUGGUGUGAGCACAGUCCUUGCCCUCAUGAAGCACAGUGCCAGCUUGUGUAUCAAGGAUUUGAAUGCGUUGCUAAUGCAGUGUUUAGUGGCAGAAGCAGUGCAAUAUUUUACAGAAGCAAUGGGAAGAUAAGGAGAGACCUCACCAACAUUGCAUUUGGUUUUCGGACCAGGGAUGCUGAUGUGAUACUUCUGUAUGCUGAAAAGGAGCCAGAGUUCAUUAUCAUAAGCAUUGAGAAUUCUAAACUAGUGUUUCAGCUUCAAAGCGGCAAUAGCUUUUAUAUGCUGAGACUGGUUAGUUCCCAAACAGUGAAUGAUGGAAAAUGGCACCAAGUAACUGCUUCAAUGCUAGAACCCCAAUCUCAGUCCUCUAGGUGGCUCAUUGAUAUAGAUGAUAAAAAGGACACUAGUACAGUUGCCACAGGAAGCCUCAACUUUUUAAGAGAAGACAUAGACGUUUACAUAGCUGACAAAGCUUUCGACAAUCUGGAUGGCUUAAGAGGCUGCAUGAGUACUAUAGAAAUCAAUGGCAUUUUCCUCUCCUACUUUGGAAAUUCUGAUGGCUAUACUACAAAACCUCAAGAGGAGCAAUUCCUUAAAAUAUCGGCAAAUUCUGUGGUUACUGGCUGUUUGCAAGUGGAUGCUUGCAGCUCAAAUCCCUGCAUGCAUGAUGGAAUAUGUGAAGACUUAUACAGUUACUACCAUUGUACAUGUCCAAAGGGAUGGACUGGCACACACUGUGAAAUUAACAUUGAUGAAUGCUCUUCGAAUCCCUGUAUUCAUGGAAACUGCUCUGACAGAAUCGCAUCUUAUGAGUGCAGCUGUAAACCUGGGUACACAGGGGUAAACUGUGAAGAAGACAUAGACAAUUGCUAUGGUCACCAGUGUGCAAAUGGAGCCACCUGCAUAGAUGGGAUUAACAGCUAUUCCUGCCGAUGUGCAACUAACUUCACUGGAAAAUUUUGCAGAUACAAAAGGUUACCUUCUACAGUCUGUGGGAAUGAGAAGAAAAACAUCACUUGUUACAACUAUGGCAACUGUACUGAGCGUGAUGGCAAGCUAAGAUGCAUGUGCCUACCCGGCUUUACUGGAGAACGAUGUGAAAUGGACAUUGAUGAGUGCAGCUCUGAUCCAUGCCUGAAUGGAGGCCUCUGCCAGAACUUACUCAACAAGUUCUACUGCAUUUGUGACUUGAGCUUUGCCGGCCCCCGCUGUGAGGUAGAUCUGACAGCUGACUUGAUCUCGAAUAUAUUCACCUCUAUUGGCUCAGUUACGCUGGUUUUGUUACUGAUCCUCUUCUUGGCAGCUGUGGUUUCUGUCAUAGCGGCCAACAAACGGGCAACUCAAGGGCCCUACAGCCCCAGCCGGCAGGAGAAGGAAGGAUCUCGGGUGGAAAUGUGGAACAUGGUGCAGCCGCCACCGAUGGAAAGACUGAUUUAGAAGGAAACAGUCCUCUGUGCUACGUACUGGAAUAGCUUCUGGUCAAACUGGAAUAUUGUAAAUAUAUUGGAAAUCAUUAUUCAUUUUGUUAUUGAAACCAAGGAACAUUCAUUUGAAAGCUGCAAUGACUUUUAGGCCUGUGAUUUUUUUUCAUUUAAUCAAAUAACUUUAGAGUUUUUUAAUAUUUGAGUAAAUUGGUGCC